UUCAUUGAAAACAAUGGUUAUCAAUUCAUUAUCAUUCGCAGUACGGAUUACGAUAUAUUUGCAAAUUCGGCAGAUCCAUUUGUGAAGACAUUAAUGGGGUUAAUGCUAAAAGUGGAACAGUUACCAAUAACUCUAUUGGAAGGAUUUAGUAGUGUACAAUGAAAAAAAAACUACAAUAGAAAAGAAACUAUUACUAUAGAAAAAAAAAAAGAAGGAAAACUUUGUAUACUCAUGUAGUUUUAUUGUUAAUGCCCGUUGUUGUAUUACAGAUUCGUAAAAAUCGGAAACAAACGAUGUACACGUCCAACGAAAUAAAAAAGGUUCUAAGUCUUAAAAUACCAUGUAAUGUGGUUUCUAUUGAAACAGGACGAAAAGACAGUUUAUUUGUAAUUUCAUCUAAGCACAAUCCAUUCAUCGGUAUUAUCAAAUUUCACUUGCAAACAUUUUUCAACAACGGAAUAAUGAAUCGUUUAAUAUAUGCUACAUUUAAGAAGAAUUUCCAGAGUAUGAUGCAACACCAACCUGUUCAGAUAGUCAUUGAUAUAAUGCUUAUUCUUUUCAUCUUAAUUGGUAUCAUUUUAAGUACAUUCAUUCUAAUCAUAGAAAAGUAUAUUUUCGUUCGUAAAAGUAAAAAAUGUUGAUAGUAUAUACAAUCGUAUACCAUGGUUUAAUUCGUUAGAAUUUUAUGUAAAAAAAAAAAAAGUUUAAAAAAUAUUGCAAAAGACAAGCGAAGUCGCACGUGUACGCGCGUGAAUUACUUACGACAAUGUUAAUUAUCAUUGUCAAUGAAUUUUAAUAUUCUGCUUUAAUUUUCUGUAUUAAAUACAAAAACACCUGUACGCAUAUCUAUGGUUUUGUAUUAUUUACCAUAGUUUUAAGAAAAGUAUUAUUUUGCCAUUUUUAUAUAUGAGUUGUGAUAGAAUAUUAUUUUGAACAAGAAAUUUUUUCAAUGAAUAUAUUUUUUUCCAAUGUAGAACUAUCAAUUUUGCAUGUACCAGCGUCGUAAAUUUGUCCCCUGAUAAAUAUCACAAUGUAUCAUCGCUCGAAUAAACAAUUAUAUAUAGAA